CAUAGACAUUGGGCAGACAAUUGGCCCGGUACACGCACACACACACACACACACACACACAUGCACCUUUAAUAAUGUUACCUAGACAACGCCGCCAGCUCGGCUCAGUCACCAACAAAUGUCCACCACGCUAAUUACCUCAAUUGUACACUGACACUGGACACACCAGAGCGAGAGGUAGUUCCUAUUGUGUUGAUAGGUUGCACUUUGAAUAUAUACAUAUAUAGUAAAAUCAAUAAACCAUUCGGGCAGAAAAUAAUGCAUCUAUCCUAAGAAAUCAAUUCAAAUUCGGUCAGCGACAAUAAUUCAAUUCCAGCAAAUGCAGCAAAGUGGCGUCGUCCUGUUUCUGUUUUAAAGCUUGCUCCAGCAUACAGAGUCGCAUGGAGAGGGAGGAGCACAGGGAAACAAUAACCAUAGCUCCCAUAACAUCCCUACCCAAUUGUCUGACUUAUCGCCAAAUUCAGGGAACAGGUUUUGGAGCUGCUGGUUCUGCGCCAGCUAAGCGCGUUCCCGUACUUUUCUCCACAAAUUGCGGUCUAUAUUUACGUCUAGCCCAGCCGGCAAUGCAUGAAAUGCAAGAAAUCAGUGGCAACAACCAGAGAUAUAAUAUCACAUUCUGUGAUCUAGAACGUUGGAGCACAAAUCGAGCUAAUGUCGUCAGUUUGGAAGACACGUUCAAUAUCAUUUCACCGGAGAAUCAGCAUCAUCUCUGGAAUAAUUAUCCGCCUUACAAUCAUCAAUUUAAAUAUGAUUUGGAACACAACUGAAAAAUUCUAAUAUACUAAUCCUUAUCUUAACACCAGAACUGCAAAAAAAAAAGACAACAAAUUUUA